AUGGAGAAGGAUACCUCAUCUGUGUACAGGAGGCACCGGCCCAUCCCUGGAGCCAAUCCUUUGGGAAUGGCAUCUGGACAUCUCAAAGUGGCCAACGAAGCAGCUGAACUUCAGAGGAGCAGAAGUAUGGGUGGCUUACACCAGAAGGGGGACCCUCCGAGCCACAUCAAGAAGCCACAGAACGAGUUAGAAUCUGAAGAUCAGGGAAAAGACUCAAGAAGUGACGCAGAAGAUGCUAGCUGUCAGACAAACCUAGAGGAAAGCAAGAAGGAAAAGAAUUGGGAAGCCCUUGCAAAGCUGGACCAUGAUGAUGAAAAAGUGGGACCAGAGGUUGAAAAGAGUAACUUAGAGGCCAGUGCCAAGGAGGAACAGGAGGAAGAAGGAGACACAGACAAAGGCACUAAGGAGGCCAAGGAACAGAAGCUGGCAUCCACAAAGCUAGAUGAGCUUCCGGGAAUAGAGAAACCAUCUACAUUUGUUGACAUUGAUCUGGGAGACCAUGCUGAGGAGGUAGUUGCAUGUGCUGUGAAAGAAGAGAAACGGUCCCAAAUGGACACUGGAGAUUUGUCUGAAGAUGAGGCAAGGACCAGCUGGGUAUGCUGUAUUCCAUACUCAACCAAAAAGAAGACAAAGCAAAGUGCAUAGCCACCCAGGGAGAAGUCCCAGAAAGUAACGCACCAUCAGAGAUCUUUAACAGAAGAAAGAAAGAGGCCAGCAUGAUGGUUCAUCACUAUUACAGAGUUUUAGCUCUUCAUCUGAUUAUUCACUAAAGGACAAGCUAG